UCGUGCACUUUUUGCAUACGCAUAUGGUCACAGACGCAUGAUCAGUUCGUUACUUAUGUGCAUGUGACAGAUUUCCUAACCUAGUCGUCAACUUUAGUGCUUGAUAUCUCGGUGUCUCGUGCGAUAACGUGCCGAAUGAGCCUAAUUUUGUUAAAAUUAGAGGUGGUGGAGUUAUUCUGGAUAAUUACUGCGAUUUUUAACAAAUAAUUUGCAUUAUUAUAAAAGUCAAGUUACUGUAUCGUGAAAUGUCAAAUUCUCUCGUGCAUAAAAGCUUAGAAUUGUUAGGCUACGAAAGGGAGGUACAGAGGUUACAAGGUGAAUCGAAGAAAAAACGGAAGAAACGUAAAGAUACCAAAUACAAGGGAGUCUUAGAUUUGAUUCCUAUUAAGCACAGGAUCGUCUCUAAAAACGAUCACGAUACAAUUUUGGACCGAUCCAGCAAGACUACAGUUUAUGAAACCCAAAAACGUUUAGCUGAACAAAAAGAUCCUACCGAUGAAAAUGUACAGCGACUCCUUUUACUUAGCAGUAAUCAUCUAAAUCCUAAAACAGCAAAUAACCUGCUGCAACGUGCUGUGGGAAAUAAAUACAUUCCAGAACAGAAGAAACCUAAGAAAUCAGAACAAACAGCUUUCACGGAGGAAGACUUUAAGAAAUUUGAACAGGAAUAUAUGGAAUAAUAUUACAAGGAAUAGUACAAUGUGAACAAAUUUUUAAUAGAAACAUUAAUAAUGUUUGAUAGCGACCGUCAAAGAGGGAAAGUGAUAUUAAUAUUGACAUUAAUUUUGUUUCUCUACUAUAGUGUG